AUGUCUAGAAUAGGAAGAUUUAACUUAAUUGUUUUAGCUGGUUCUGCAAAACCAAGUCCAAGUAUUGGUCAAACUCUUGGCCCAUUAGGUAUAAAUAUGAUGACGUUUUUUAAAGAAUUCAAUGAGAGAACAAAAAAUAUAUCAAAAAAUGUUCCAAUUCAAGUUACUCUGGAGCCUUUAAAUGAUAGAACAUAUAGAUUUUACUUAAGAACACCUAGUGUUGUUUGGUUUAUAAGAAGAUGUGCUAGAGUACCAAUGUUUAGUUCAACUCCAAAACAUCACAUUGUUGGUUCAAUUACCUUAGCUGAAGUUUUUCAUAUUGCUAAAUGUAAACGUAUGGAUCCUCCAUUGAUAAAUUUAUCUCUAAAAAGCAUAUGCAAAUAUAUUAUUGGAACAUGUAAUAGCAUGGGUAUUAAAGUAUGUAGAGAGUUGGAUGAUGAAAGUAAAAAAAAAUAUUUUGUAGAUAUUAAUAAAUUGGACAAUAUAAAGAAAGAUAUUAGGAGUAGAAAUAAGCAACAGAAAAGAUCUAAAAAGUAA